AGUAGAUGAAUUUUUUGAGCUUCUUUACAUCAUCCAAAAAACAAUAAUCAAAAUUAUACAAAAUUAAAGUAUGUAAAUAACUAUAUAUUAGAUCUAUAAAGAUGAACAAUGUUAAACUCAUUUCCAAAACUUAAACAUUGAAGAUAAUACAUAGUGCUAAAAAAUUUUAGAUUAAAUUGAACUGCAAAAUCAACUUGGGGAUGAAGUUUUAAUUUAUUUAUAAUUAGGUGAGAAAAGUACUCUUACUUUUUACUUGUUAGAAAGAAGGAAAGUGCAUUUCAUAAAGAAUAAUCAAUAAAUAAGAAUAAAUAGCAAAAAUUUUACAAAAUGCCUCAUAAAAUCUAGAUUUAUACAUAGUUUAUUAAGAAAUCAAGCUUUUUAAAUUACAAGAGAGUCAAUCUUAUCGCUAAAAAAUUUGGAAUCAUAGUAAUCUAAGUAAGGAUUAUUAAUAUAUUAAUUUUAAAGAUUCCAAGGAUUAUUCAUUUAGAUAAGGAACAUUAUUGAAAAAAAAUAAAUCAGGAUAAUAUAGAGAGAGAUUAUUUAAAUUAUAAAAAGAUACUUUAAUUUAUGAGAAGAAUGAUAAGAAUCAAAAAAAACAAACCUGCAUGUCACUCGAUUCAAUGUUAAUUGAAAAACAACCAGAUAAAAAUUUAACAUUCACAAUAAAGUGUGAUUAAAAAAAUUUUUAAAUUAAAGCAUAAAGUAGAACAGAUUUUGAUGGAUGGUAGGUAGAAAUCUUAAAGAAUAUUUAGGUUGUAUUCAUUGCAUAAUUAAAUUAUGAAGUGGAAAGAAAUGAAACUCUUAUUAGAUUACGAUAAGAAAAUUGAGUAAUGUACUUAUCAAAAAUUGGAAAAAUUGAAAAGCCUUCCUGCUCAAUUCAAAUCUGUCAAAUUUAUGGCAUAGAUGAAUUCUAACAUUACAAAGUUUAAUUAAUCAAAAUUUUAGAUAAUUUCAAAACUAUUUGGAAAAGAACAGAUCUGAUGUAGAAAAGAAAAUUUUCUCCUUUUUGGAGUUAGCUUAUAAGAGUGAAACACUGCAACAAGGAACGAAAAGCCAUAAAUAAAUGAUUGAGAUGAAAGACUUAUUAUUCAGUGAAAUCUAAGAAAUUAUUAAAGAUGAUCAAUACUUUUGUAAAUUUGAAAAAAUAUCAUCGAGCUCAUUUAAAUAAGAAAUGACAAUAUAUUUUGAUCAACAAAUUGUACCAGAAUUUUUUAUACAAAGUAAGUAGAAUUUUAUAGGAUAGUUAAUAUAACUUAGAUUCUAUUAGAUUUUUCUGUUCAUCAGUUUUAAUAGUUCUAUAAAUUUCCUUAGCUUAAUUUAUAAGGAUUUUCUUAAGAUUUUUCUCAUACCAUAAUCGCCAAAUAUGAAUGA